AAUCUCGUCGCUGAUGUUUGGAACCUGGGGCCAACAACCAGGGGCUGUGCAAGCUGUGCCACGCUCAUGAACCACGAAAGGUAGAGUACAUGUGUGAUUUGCAUUCCUUGACAAUGCCCUACGUUUAAGAGAUUGCAAAUCCUAAACUAUCGGACCUGAGAAUCACAGAUGGAGUGAGCGGGAUUCGGCAUUCGAAGCGUGCUUUUACCGCUGGCUGAUUCAGACGUUGGACACGCGCAGCGUACUCGAACGAGGAACAGACAGAUCCCAUAUGCCACACACAGGAUACACGUCGCUUGGUCGACAGAAGCGCGCAAGAUCCGAGACAACUAUGGAGGAUACACACCAUUCGAGCCCGGUCGUGAAAAGCGCUCACCAGACGGAUGUGGAAACACGCAUACCAUGGGUCCAACAAUCCGAUUCAGGAUCAUCACAAGCUACCAAGCAGACUCUGGAAGUGAUAGAUCCAGGGGUUUGGACAUUCAGGACUUCUGCCUUCGGACUUGCCCUGAUGUGGCUCACAGGAGCCGGUGUCAUUGUGUACGGUGCUGUCGUGCAGUCGAGCACAGACAAGUCAGCGAACGGGUACGGGCCCUCAUUCAUCCACAAUAAGGCCGUUGGCCCGUUCGUGCAACUGGGGGUAGCGUUUUGGGUCACAGUAUUGUCAGACACGGCUGGAUUGAUUCAUGCCACCAGCCUGCGCUUCACUCUCCUUGCAUCUCGCAGAUUGACGUUCAAUUCUAAUCUGCGCCUCUUCACGAGUUGUUCCAACUCCCGCAUACAUUGGUGGCCGGUCAACCUCAUAUGGGCGUGGUCUUUGAUUUCAUGCUACGCUUGUGGCUCCAUGGUCAUUGUCGAGUCGGUAUACCAAUAUUCUGAGGAUCUUCACACUCUUGAGGUCGUCUCAGGCUAUGCCCUCAUCUUUCUGGGUUUGGGCUUGUUUGGGCAAGCUUCAAUCGCAACGUGGGCUUUGAAGGCCAACACGUUUCCGACAUGGUCCACGAAUCCCAUCCACACAGCGAAGCUCUGUCGGGAUCAAGGAUGGCUGACACCACUAUCUCACCGAACGAUGUUGAGCGUUCACGACGCGCAGAAUCUUGAAAUACGCGACACACCCACUCGGCCAAAAGCGAGGCAAGGCCCUUUGCUGAAGGCUCAUUUCCGAAUUCGCCGGGCGCUCAUCUUUGUCUGGACGGUCACACUUUUUGCCUUUCUGUGGUUCAUCUCGAUUACUGUGGCCUAUCAGGUUGGAGGCGGGCCUUCUAUGGGCCCGUCAUGGGCCAGCUUCAGUCGAUCGUAUACGAAUGACUGGAGUCUCAUCCCGGACUGGGUCGGUGUCACUGCUUUUCUUGGAAUCUCCACAUCGCUGGGCCAGAGUUUCUAUACAUUUGGCCCCUGGUUUCUUUGCAAAUGCUCCCGCGACGAAAGCCUGUGGCGACAGACGGCAUCCAGUCGUGGUCUUGGCCCCAGUAAGCAUGGUGCCUUCCACGUAGCAUUUACAACCUGGGAGACGAUAUGCCUGUUCGUUUUCAAGACCCUCAUCCACUGGGUCUUCAGUCUUGCAUUUGGACCUUAUUGGGAAGGCAUUGAGAUCCGCAUACCACAGGUCUGCUACACCGCAGUCACACUAUUCUUGCUUUCACUUUUGGCGACUUACCUCGCUUUGUGGCGUCCAAAAGGCCCGCAGCCUGCUACAUUCGGGCACCUACCGACCUUGGUCGACCUGAUCGACGUGUGGCCCUGUCGCAUGCCAGAUACACGGAACGAAGAGACCGUGGAUGGGACGAAUGAGACGGACAGUUUGUAUGCGAGGGAAACAGUGAAACUGUACUGGGGUGAUAAAGGCGAGAUUGACAAUGGUAUUCGCCGCGCUGGUACAGCCCACGUGCCUCUGAAGCCCAUCAUAAUGACAGCUAUUUUUACAGAUCUUUCAGAUACAUCCUACCGGAUAACUAUAGCGCUCGACGUUCCCGACGCACACGAACAAGAAGCACCUGAACCACCAGUUAUACUCCUUAGUGUCACGUAUCCAGAAGCAUAUCCAGAUGUCGGACCACAUUUGGACAUUACGGCUCCGCCGAAUGCAGCAAAACACCCUCAACUCGACAUCCAAGAAGACAAAGCUCAGCUAUUAGAUGCGUUACAGCCCACGGUUGAGGACAGCCUGGGCAUGGCAAUGGUCUUCACACUGGUGACCACUUUGAAAGAGGCUGCAGAAACCCUGAUAUCGGACAGGCUCCGGCAAGCACAAGCUGCAAGAGAUGUAGUAGCAGCGGCAAAAGAGGAGGAAGAAAACAGAAAGUUCCACGGCACCAUAGUGACGAGGGAGCGCUUCCUCGAGUGGAGGGAGAAGUUCCGAAAAGAGAUGGAGGAGAAGGAAAGGAGGCAGAGGGAGGAGGAUGAGGCAGAAGACAAGAAGAAGAGAGGCGGAAAGGUCGAGGAGAAGAAAUUGACUGGCCGGCAACUUUGGGAGAGAGGUCUUGUCGGUAAGGUCGACGAAGAGGACGUUGACGGCGACGAUGCCGUGCCUGCCAUCGAGAAACUCAAGGUUGAAGCCUAA